AUGACCGGGCGCAGUCCAGUCAGGACAGGCAUUCAUGUUGGACUCGAAGAGGACCCCCGCCACUUUCCCCACGGUCGUGACGAUCAUUGGCCGUUAUGGGACGCCAUGCGAGGGGCGGACACAUGGCCCGUGAGCCAACAGCCGACACAAGCCAAUCAGGUAGAUCAGUUUAAGAGGGGGGUUCCAGAGUUCAUCGACCAGGCAGCGCGAAAAGAGGAGGUUUCUAUGGUCGUGGGGGGGUCCGCUGGGGAAAAAGGUGGGUGGACACUGGACAUUGGACCGGCUGGAGCGAGACGGACGAAAUCCUUGAAGGAGAAGAGGAGAAUCAAGAGACCCAUGACAUAA